CUCACUGUGAAGCUAGUUUACCUCAGAGAGAAGGCUAUGGUUGAAAAUGAUCUCAUUCGUAAAGUGGAAAUACUGACUUCUCAGCUGGAUUUCGUGAACACAAACUGGAGUCCAGAUUUUGUGAACACAAACUUGAGGAGUCCAGAUGUUGAAACCAUCAGAAGACAUGCAGUGGAUGUGACUCUAGACCCUGAUACUGCAUCUCCCUGGGUCACCCUCUCUGAGGACAGGAAACAAGUGAGACAUGGAGACACACGACAGAAUGUCCCUGACAACCCAGAGAGGUUUGAUAAUACUGCCUGUGUCCUGGGAAAGGAGGGCUUCUCAUCAGGGAGUAUCUACUAUGAGGUGCAGGUGAAGGGGAAGACUUGGUGGAAGUUAGGAGUGGUCAGAGAGUCCAUCAACAAGAAGGGGAGGAUCACACUGAGUCCUGAUGAUGGAUACUGGACUGUAUGGCUGUGGAAUGGAGAGUACAAAGCUGCUACUACCCCCCAUGUCACCCUCUCCCUGAGAGAGAAGCCCCAGAAGGUGGGGGUGUUUGUGGAUUAUGAGAAGGGACAGGUCUCCUUCUACAAUGUGGAGGACAGGUGUCAUAUCUACUCUUUCACUGACUGUACCUUCACUGAGAAACUCUAUCCAUACUUCAACCCUGGUGGUUCAGAUAGUAUUUCACUGGUCAUCUGUCCUGUAGAUGUCACUGACUGACUGUUUUAAAACAAACAAGGCAGGUAUAAACAGUUAGUAAAAGCAUGCAAUAGGAGAGAGUUCAUGUACAUGAGUUCUCAGAUUUCCUGUCAAUCUUUUGUUUAUUGGAUAGGACAGAGAAGUAAAGAGUAAAGGUAGGAAUGCUGAAAGAGCAAUGGGUUGGACCUGAACCCAUUCUGGUACUGGACCACCCCAAACCACUGAUUUCUUUGUUUAGGCCAGGCACCACAGGCUUAUAUGGAUUUUUUUCUUCUUUACUCUCAUUAGACUGAAACUUUGCCAGUUGAAAGUAUACAUAAAUACCAUAUAUUAUUGUAUUACAAGCUUUAUUUAUUUUAAAUUUUAAAUAUGCAAAUUAGUCAAACCGUUCUUAAAUAUGCGCUAACUUGCAU